GGCAAAGACAGGGAGAUGGGAACCCAUGCACGCAUGGCAUUUAUUUCCGGCGCCAAUUUCGAACCUCGUACGGCUUCCGCCUUCGCGCUACGAGCGAGCAAGCAAGCAAGCAAAUUGUGACCGGAUCGGGCCUGGACGCGAUGCUCCGGCCCCCUGACGUAGGAGAGGGGGUUUAGCGGGGUCACGCUCUGCUGGGGCCCAUAGCAACGCUGAGCGCUGCCACUGGGCUUCCUUGUUAGGAGGUUACAUACCUACCUAGGUACCUGGGUGGUAGGCAAGUAGGAGGUAGGUUUAGCUGUAUCCCUACCUGAACCCAAGGCAAUGUGUGCGUGUGGAUGCGUGUGCUCGCUGCCACCCAAGCUUGUGUGCUGUGUUCUGUGAGCGUCUCUGUCGUGAUUCGGACGGAACCUCUUCUCGACAACGCGGCUUAUCUCCUCCCUUCGUUGCCACCUUCACUGACCCUCCCGAAACAUGUGGAAUUGUAUGCGUCCGAUACAUAUGUGCGCGUAGGAUGCGGCGUGUACCUCUCUCUGCAUUUGGCAGUCGGUUGCGAUAGACCGCUGCUGAUGUCUAGACCUGUCCGUAGGGAGGUAUGGAUGACACCAACCCCGGGAUGAUGGUAUGUUAAACUGCUACCCCAAGAACCCACCCGCUUUCCACUGUAUUUUCCCGGUCAGUAGUACGCACCGAUGUAGGCAGGCUGGGUGGGGAGAUCGGAGGCGACGAUGAUCGAUGAGAUAGGUCGCACU